AUGGGCAGAACUAGUUUGGCUUGCUCUAGAGAACUGCAGAUGAGCUGAAUGGGAGUGCAGAAGAGAGCCAGAGGUUUUGGGCCCUUCAGACAAUACCUGGUUAAUUCCAGCUGGGAAGCAGUGAAGGAACUGUCCAAGAGAGGCCUUGGUGAAAACAUCAGCCUCCAUAUCAUGCAGCUGCCAGUGGUUUACCAGAAAGCAAAAGAGCAAGUUUUCAAGAUAUGGACAACUCUUCAGCCACUGCUUACUGUUCAUGUUGGGCUGGCUUCAUCUGCCAAAGCACUCAUCAUCCUUGAGCAGUGUGGGAAGAACAAAGGCUACCAAGAGAUGGAUGCUUGUGGGUUUCACCCAGAAGGUGGCUGUUGCAUGCUAGAUGGCCCAGAAAAGAUUGAAUCUACAAUUAAUAUGAAGACUCUCUGGAAAAACAUCUCACUGGAAGGGAUUGAUAUCAUCUUCUCCAGAGAUGCAGGAAGGUACAUCUGUGAUUACACCUACUACACCUCUCUGUACUAUGGCAAUGGCAGAGCUGCUUUCAUCCAUGUGCCUCCAUUAUCCACGUUGGUAACAGCAGACUUUCUAGGAAAAGCAUUACAGACAAUUAUCUUAGAAAUGCUAAAGCAGUGUGGGGAACAGAGAAAGAUGGAUCAUGUAGGGAAAAACAUGAGGAUUUCUUAG